AUGAAACGCUUUACUUCUUUCCGAGCUCAUGUUAAUCAUCAACAUCAAAAAAACAAUCAAUUUUAUUUUAGAAAACAACACAAGAAAUCAAUACUUUCUUCACAUCCUAGAUAUUAUUAUGCAAAUCCACAAAAUAAAAGGAGAAAACUUCCAUUUUUUGAAAGAUUAAACAUAGCUUGGAAGAAUACCGAAAUUAAUUAUUACCCUAUACCAGUUGGUAUAGGAAUAGCUUUUAUUGCUUUCCAAACUUUACGUCACAAAUAUGAAGAACACGAAGCAAAUAAAAAACAACAACGACGAAAACAAGAUCAAGAUAAUACAAUAGAUCGUCCUAUUGUAGGUCCAUGGCAGAUUCACGUUCUGGACACACUUCCAUUAAGAGCAUUAUCACGAUUAUGGGGAAAACUUAAUAAUGAAUAUACUUUACCAAUUUGGCUUCGAGAACCAUUUUAUAGGCUAUACAGUUGGUUAUUUAAUUGUAAUUUAGACGAAAUAGAAAAUCCUGAUCUAAAAAGUUAUCCAAAUUUAGGAUCAUUUUUUUAUAGAUCACUAAAACCUGAUGUACGACCUAUUGAAGAUGAAUUUCUUGUUUCACCCGCCGAUGGAAAAAUUGUUACUUUCGGUAUAAUAACGGAAGGAAGAAUAGAACAAGUUAAAGGAGUUACCUAUUCAUUGGAUUCAUUUUUGGGUCACAAAACAAUUACUAAUAAUACUAUAACGGAUGAAAAAGAAUUCGCGAAUGUCAAUGGUAUUACAUAUUCUUUGGAUUCAUUGUUGGGUGAUGAUGAUUCAAUUAAAAAAGAAAGUAACAUAAGAGGGGUUGAAGGAGGAUUGAUUAAAUCUAUUAAAUAUAAUAAUGAGAAUAAUGAACUUAAGAAUAUUGAGAAUAAUGAGAAUGGGAAUAAUUACAAGGAAACAUUUGAAACAAAAGAACAAAUCGUCGCUAAAAAUGUAACCUUGGAUCAAAUUGGAGCUAUUCAUAGGCAUCAAGUAAAAGAAGGAAAUGCAUUAUUCUUUUAUGUUGUUUAUCUUGCACCAGGUGAUUAUCAUAGAUUUCAUUCCCCAACAAAUUGGGUGAUUGAAUCGAGAAGACAUUUUGCUGGUGAAUUAUAUUCGGUUUCUCCUUACAUGAUAAAACUAUUACCAAAUCUAUUUGUCUUAAAUGAACGUGUUGCUUUGCUCGGAAGAUGGAAAUAUGGAUUUUUCGCAAUGGUUCCAGUUGGAGCUACGAAUGCUCUUCGUACUAACCGAAAAGAAAAUAUACCGAUUGGAACUUUUACUGAAGCAUCUUAUAAAAAUUCCAGUAAACUUUUAUCAGGACAUCCUUUAAGAGUUGGUGAUGAAAUGGGAGGUUUUUAUUUAGGUUCUACAAUUGUAUUAGUAUUUGAAGCACCUUUAGAUUUUAAAUUUUAUAUAAAACCUGGUCAAAAAAUUAAAUAUGAAAUAAUGAUAGCGGAAGUUAAAGUUAUUUUAGCAGUUCGUGACAUAUGCGAUGUAUACAUAUAUUUUCCUACAUAUCGAUAUCAUUGA